AUGCAUCGCUUUUUUGCAGAGCUGGAGCCAUCUCUAUCGGUCACUGAGCAAAACCUGGCAGACCGAGUUAGGUACAUCCUGCGCUCCAACAUAUUUGGUGACGCCGAACUCAAGCGACUACGACGUGAGGCUAUUCCUUCAUCGAAUGGAAAUGCUACAGCUGGGAAUGCGGCGCCACUAGGUGCGCAACAAACUGCAUAUGUGGAUGCAGCCGUCAACAUUCCAUUUGUGGCUAAUUCAAACGAUGAUGGAAUAGUCUUCCACGAACUAGAGAAAAUGAGGAGCAUAUUGGAAGACUCGAUGCUGGAAACGCGCAGCAUGCCUCUCGAAAAUCGACCGCGGCUUCCCCGCAUACCCCUUAGCAAGCGAAAUCGGGCUGUCGUGCGGGCUCUUAACCCAAUGCUGGUGACCUAUUUGGAAGCCAGCCAGGACCUUUGCGAUACGGAUUCAAUUCUUUUUGGCGCCGCACUAGCAGUAUGCCGUAUUAUUGGCGCCAAACUUCCCGUGGCUGGACGUGCUACUCAAAAAAGUAGCGCCAUCCCAGCCUGGAGAAAAAGAAUAGAGGACCAUAUCGCAAAGGCAAGGGUCCUUAUCGGCAGACUGACAAGCUUCAGGUCGGGUAAUAAUAGACCAAGGAUUAUGCGCACCGUUAGGAUGGCGUUUGCUGGGACAAAUAUCAGUUUGUUCCAACCGGAUAUCACGCAAAAACUAACGGAGCGCAAAGAUGACCUGAAGCAAAAAAUCGCUGCUUGGGGGAAGCGGAUUCGACGAUUUAGCGAGAGGUCAAGGCGGUUCAACCAGAAUCGUCUCUUCCAGAGUGAUCAGAAGAGGCUCUAUAAAUCAUUGGAGCGACCAGAGGUAUGUGGAGCGGGCCCAGGACCGGAUCAGGCCGACACUGUCGCAUUUUGGCGUGGCCUGUGGUCAGAGCCCGUAAACCACAGCGAGGGCCCUUGGAUGGAAGUUGUGGCGAGCCAGAGUGCAAGUGUUACGCCUAUGGACCCCGUCACCAUAACGCCUGAAGACGUGGCUGAGGCGGUCCGUAGGGCCCCGAACUGGAAAAGUCCGGGGCUCGACGGGCUGCAUCAUUACUGGCUGAAGGGGUUCGUAGCGUGUCAUGCUGUGCUCGCCCGACAGUUUCAAGAGGUCGAAGUCGCUUCCGAGCCUCUUCACUACUGGGAUCACUCAUUUGGUUCCUAA